AUGAUUAUACAUGGAGGAGCUGAAGACGUUCCCGAAGAAAUGAUUCCUUGUAAAACGCGAGGGGUUAGAAAAGCUUGUAAUAUAGGUUACCGCAUUCUUACUCAGUGCGGUGGCAGUGCAUUAGAUGCAGUAGAAGCUGCUAUUUGUUAUAUGGAAGAAGACGAGGUAUUUAACGCAGGUCGAGGAUCGGCCUUAAAUGAAGAGGGAGAUAUUGAAAUGGAUGCAUCUAUUAUGUCCGGAGAUGAUUUGUCAACAGGAGGUGUAACUAUAGUUAAAGAAAUGUUACAUCCUAUAAGUCUUGCUCGAAUGGUUAUGGAAAAAACUCCGCAUGUUUUAUUGGCUGGAGAAGGAGCGAAUCGAUUUGCGAAUGAUUGCGGUAUGCCUAGAGUUCCGAAUUGUCAAUUAAUCACAGAGUGGGCUAAAAUCGAAUUGGAAAUGGUCAAAAAAUCUGAACGUUUACCUCGAUGCGAUACAGUUGGAGCCGUAGCUAUGGAUCGAUGCGGUCACAUAGCUACAGGUGCGUCUUCAGGGGGACUUACGGGAAGAAUGGUCGGUAGGAGUAGCGAUAGCAGUAAAUGUGGAGCGGCUAUUUACGCUGACGAUAGAUUAGGCGGAGUAUCUGUAGCCGGUAAUUAA